ACAAAAACUUUUGAUUUUGAAUUAAAACGAAAACUUUUGGAUACUAUCAGCACUCAUCUAGGAAACAGCAUAAGGGGUAUGUAGAUUUUUAUUCCUCAAAAUGAUUCUAAAUGAUAUAAAAGAAAUAAGCGUUGCAAGUUUGAUAAAAUCAAAAUUCUUCAUAAAUUUAUUUUUGAUACUGAAGGCAAUUGGUCAAGCCGAAAGAGAAUAAGAAAUUUCAGUGGAUUUACGUUUGCUUUAAACAGUGAUGAUUUUAAUAAGAAAUUAAAAAGCAUAGAAAGUAACUUUUCGUUGAAUGAGCUAAUUACGAUUUCUAACAUUUUAAACAUAUCUUUUGAAGGCAAUAAAGCAGAAGUAGGGAAGAGAAUUCUGGCAGAUUUAUGUGUUUUGGAAACCUUAGCUCACCAUGUCUGACUCAACGUUUCAUCUGGUUCCAAGUCUGAAGUGGAUGAACCAAAUAAACAAAUUGAAGGUGGAGGUGAAUGUUCAAUGCAGUGCAAUAUAAAUAAAAAUAAAAGCAGUUUCGAUUCCUCUAUCCAAUCCGAAUGAAGUAAUGCUGUAGCUAGUUGUGUUUUCCAUAGUGUUACUAUUAAUUGUUCCGAUAUCGAGAAUACCAUUUUUAAAUUUAAUGCAGAGCUGCACAAGAAUGUUAUUCAUUGGAUCAAACGUUUUGAAAAUACCUCUAAAUUAUUCAGUUUGUCUGAAUCGAAAAAAUUCAUUUUUGCUAAAAGAUCCAUUGGUUACGUAACACCUCCUUAUUUGUAAGAACAGUACCUGACAUUAAUUCGUGGCAAAAACUAAAACAAGCUCUGAUCGAUAAAUUCUCUUUUGAAAUUAAUUCGGCUAGGUUGCAUGAGCUUGCGAGUAAGCGCACAAUGCAGGACUCUGAAUCCGUUCAGGAAUAUUAUUUAAAGAUGAAGGAGUUAUGUAAUUUUGGAAAAAUAGAUGAUGGUUGCUGUAAUUCAUUAAGUGAUUAAAGGGAUUAAUAAUAAACAUGAAAACAAAACUAUUUUAUAUGGAUGUAAAGACUUGUCAGAAUUUAAAGAAAGACUUAAAGUUUAUGAAGUAAUAAAAAGUGAUUCUGUUAAAAGUAAAGGUUUUCGAUAUAGUGAAGCCUAAACAUGAUUCCUACAAUAGAAAUAAUAAUACUUUUGAUAGAAACAAACAAGGUAUGGAAAUUAUGGAUCUAACACAAAAUGCAAAAAUGUAAAUAAAAAUAACAUAAAGCAGGAUGGUUAUGUUGAUAAUCGCAGUAAUAGAAUUUGUUAUAAUUGUGGUUCAAGAAAUCAUAUUUCUAAUUAUUGUAUUCAUAAGGAUAAAGGCUUAAAGUGUUUCCAGUGCGAAACAUUUGGCCAUAAGGCUUCUGAAUGCCCAAGGUCAAAUUCGAAACCAGAAGUUGCCAUUUUAGACGUUACUAUAAAACCAAGAUUGUUUAAAACAAUAAUAAUUGGUAACAUAGGUAUAAAGGCAGUGAUAGACACUGGAAGUCAAGCAACAUUACUUAGAAAAUCUGUUUUUGAUAAAUUAAGCUUUAGGGUGCGACUAUGCAGACGCGAGCGAGCGAGAAUAUGUGGCGAGAAGAGGUGAUGACGUUUCUCGCUCUCAUUUAUACGAUCACACAGACGCGAACGAACAAGAGAAAGUGGCGUGAAGUUGACGAGUCACGUGUUCCCUGACGAAUAAAAGAAAAUGGUUCGACAUCGACGCAUAUUACUAGCAAAGAAAAAGUUGUUGUUAUUAGGAUUACUUCAUGAAGAAGUAAAAAUAAAACGAAGAUACGGUGUCCAUCCCCUCUGGAAACAGUGAAAGGCUAAAGGACAUUAUCAUAAUUUGGUAAGAAAACAGAAUUUGUAUAACAUCAUGUUUGUCUAUAGUUUGAAAAAUAUUAAAAUAAAAUUCUUUUUAUAUAUAGAUGAAAGAUAUGAAGAAUAAUCAUUCCUCAAUUUUUAGAAAUUAUUUAAGAAUGGCUCCGUCACUAUUUGAUAAAUUAUUAACGCUGAUAGCUGAUCAAUUACAAAAAUACAGCAAUAAUGAGCCUAUUUCUCCUGGUGAAUGUUUAGCUAUUACAUUAAGAUUUUUGGCAACUGGAGACUCCUACAAAUCUUUAGCCUAUGCAUUUUAUGUAGGAUUCUCCACAAUCCAAAAAAUAAUACCAGAGACUUGCCAAGUUAUUUGGGACACACUUAAAGAAAAAUACAUUCCGGAACCUACUGAACAGAUAUGGAGGAAGUCUGCCAUAGAAUUUGAAAGAUUAUGGCAAUUCCCAAAUUGCUGUGGAGCAGUUGAUGGCAAGCAUGUCAACAUUCAGCAGCCUGCAAAUAGUGGCUCUCAAUUUUACAAUUAUAAGGUGAUUUUCAAAAUGAAUGAAAAUUUUAAUUUGAUUAAAUUUCUUCCAGGAACUAACUCCAUUGUAUUGUUAGGUAUUGCUGAUGCACAUUGCAAAUUCUUAGCUGUUGAUGUUGGUGCAUAUGGCUCAUUUUCUGAUGGAGGAGUUCUGAAAGCAUCAGCACUAGGCAAAAAUUUGAAAAAUGGAACAUUGGGGAUACCAAGUUCAAGUAUUCUGCCCAAUUCAAAUACUGUAGCACCACAUGUGUUGAUAGAUGAAGCAUUUCAACUCCACCCAGAUUUUAUGAGACCAUAUCCUGGUAGACAACUGUCCCCUUUGCAGAGUGUGUUUAAUUAUCGCUUAAGUCGAGCAAGGCGUUGUAUUGAAUGUGCCUUUGGUAUACUUGCCAAUCGAUGGAGAAUUUUUCGAAGACCCAUUGCUUUAGCACCAAAUAAUACAGAUAAAAUAAUAAAAGCAGCUGUUGUGUUACACAAUUAUAUGAUCACUGAGAAUAAUUCAUCAGAUGAAGCAGCAUAUUGCCCAGAAGGAUACAGAGAUUAUUUAGAUCCUAAUGGUGUAUUUUGCGAAGGUUCAUGGCGCACAGAUGAAUUGUGUAUGCAAUGGAAGCCAUUCAAAUAAAAUGUAUCAUGCAAUUUUUCAAAAUUGGCUGGAG